AUGAGACCUGUGAUGGAGCCAGUGUUCCCCACCAGAGACCUGGACCUGCAAGAUGCCCUACACAAUGAGUUUAGACACCACACCCAGCUGCUGGGAGAAUCCCUCUGUGUUUUGGCUUACAAUGUCGAGAGCCUGGGCCGGCACGCCUACACCUCCAUGCCACCUGCCAUCCAGGGCUGCACAGAUGAUGUGAUCUUUGCAACAAAGACUGUUGGUGUUGGAGAUUAUGUGAAUUUGACAUGUACUCGACAGACAUCUGAUUAUGAUGCAACCUUGCAUUGGAUCAGACUUGUUUCUGGAGGCUUCCCUGAAGUCUUGGGAGGAACAUAUUCCUUUGAUUAUGUUGGUGUUAAUAAGACUCCUCGCAUUACAGCAAAACAAGAGCCUGGAACCUUUGUUCUGCACAUUAGUGAAACAAAGCAAAGUGAUACUGGAGUUUACUACUGUAUGAAAGUUGACCUACUGGACAUGAAUUUUAUAAAUGCAACAUUUCUGAGAAUCAAAGGACCAGAACCAAAUAUCACUGCCAUUGUUCAGGUCCCUCCAUCUGAUCCAGUCCGUCCAGGAGACUCAGUGACUUUACAGUGUUCAGUCUUCUCUGACUCUGAGCUUAAAAUAUGUCCAGGAGAACAAAGUGUGUACUGGUUCAAACCAGGAUCAGAUGAAUCUCAUCCCGGUGUCAUUUAUGCCCAAAGAAACGGCAGUGAUCAAUGUGAAAAGAGUCCAGAGACUCAUUCUCCACAGACAUGUGUCUACAGCUUCUCCAGGAACGUCAGCUCCUCUGAUGCUGGGACUUAUUACUGUGCUGUGGCCGCAUGUGGACAGAUAUUAUUUGGAAAUGGGACAAAACUGGACAUUGAAGGUAACUGCACGAUAUUUCAGGACAUACAGUGA